GUCCGGGGCGGGGCGAGGUGGGGCGGUGACGUCACGGGGCGGGGCCCUGCCGAGAGCGGUGCCGCGGCGCGCGCUGCCAGAACCGAGCGCGAGCCGGUGCCGAGCGCAGCGCCCGCCCCGCGCCCGCCCCGGACCCGCCGCCCCGCACGGUUCAUGCAGCUGCAGUAAGCACGACCCGACCCGACGGGACGGUGACGGGGCCGGUGGGAUGCGUGCCGUGCCGUGCCGUGCCGUGGGACGGCGUGCCCCGUGGGGCAGCGGGGAGCCCCCCGGGCGCGAUGGCCAGACCGCUGCGGGAGGGGAGCCGCGCCGAGCCGCCAGCCGCCCUGCCGGGACACCCUGCCUGCCGGGGGGGGCCGCUGGCGCUGCCGGCCCCCCUCUGCCGGGGCCCCCUCGCCGCCGCGCCCCGGCUGAGCUGCGCCUGCCCCGGGGCCCCCCCCGCCGCCGCCGCCGCCGCCUUCGCCCUCUACCGCUGCGCCCCGGGGCGCCGGGACACCCCUGCCGCCAGAGCCCCUGCCGGAGCUGGAGCCGGAGCCGGAGCUGCCGGAGCCCGUGGGGAGUUUCAGGCCACAGAGGACGACGGGCUGGAGGGGGAGGACCUGCCCGCGGAGCCGACCCGAGAGGCGGCCGUGCCCAACGGCCACGUGCCCGGGGAGCCCCCGAGCCUGGAGCAGGAGCUGGGAGCCCGCCUGCGCAGCCUGGGCGACGCCUUCCAGCGGGCCCACGAGCAGCAGCACCAGGAGCACCGGCGCCGCGGUGCCUUCUGGGGUCACGUCUACCACUUCGUGUCGCAGCUGCUGGGGGCCCUCUACAACCUGCAGGGAGACGCGCUGCCCGCGCAGGAGCCCAACUAAGCUGCGCGCCGAGCUGCUGCGGGACACGUGCCUGCCGGGGUCAACCCGCCCUGUGCAGACCGGAGCAAAAAUGUAGCGCAGCCAGAGGCCCCUCGGCGACCCAAAACUGCCUGGUGCUGUAACUCCUGCAGGGCCUCGUUUUUGCUGCAUCCCCCCUCCCCGUGCUGGGCACUUUCUAUUUAUUUAUUUAUUGUUCUGCUGCAGAGGGCGGGUUGGGAGCCCUAGGCAGGGGACGCGCGAGGCAGCCGCGAGCAGGCACAGGCUGUGGUGCCGGGGGCCGCAGCUGGUACCACGUGCCGGGGGCUGCGAGCGCUAUUCCUGCGACUGCAGUUGCUGCUGCCCGGCUCUGCCCCGCGUGGCUCUGCCUGGGAUUCCCCUUCCCCGGCCUGCCCAGCCCUGGGGGGGGGGCGUGGGGUACUGCCGCCGCUGCUCCUGGACACAGCAGCAGCGCGGGGGGGGCUGUAGCACUUUGUACAUACUGUAUGUUGGAUCUGUACAUAGAUGGGGAGGUGUGGGGAACUGUACAUUAUAUAUACUGGGCAGCACUGUGUACAUAGGGGAAGGAGGGGAAACUGUACAUUUGGGAACACACCUGCUGUACAUGAUCAGUUACUUUUUUUGUACGUUUCUUUUCAAUAAAAUGAAUUUAAGCA